CAACGUUUGUUGCACCAAACACAUUUUGAAUAACAUAACUAGCAAACAUAUAAGUUUCCUACAGCUUUAGUGCUCGUAUACUUGAAAAAUGGCAAGGAUGGCAAUGAUGGUCUUUUGUGUAGUAGUGACUUGCAUGGUGGUGGCUGCACCCUAUGCAGAGGCUAUUACAUGUGGUCAGGUGGUAAGCAACUUAGCUCCAUGCCUUGGCUACCUAAAAAAUGGUGGUGCUGUGCCAUCGGGAUGUUGCAGUGGGGUUACCGCACUCAAUAACGCUGCACAAUCAACCCCUGAUCGUCAGACUGCUUGUGGCUGUUUAAAGAGUGCUUACUCAGCUAAUUCCGGCAUCAAUGCUGGUAACGCUGCUGCCCUCCCCGGCAUGUGUGGUGUCAACAUCCCUUACAAGAUCAGUCCUAGCACUGAUUGCUCCAAGGUGCAGUGAGUCCGUGAUGUUUAUGGAUGUAAUUGGAAGAUUAGAAUCAUAUAUAUCUAGAUUACAAUAAUCAUGGAGAACACUAUUAAUUAUGUUUGAGAAAGACAUGUAUGACUGUAUAUGUCUCUAUGAUUUGUCUUGCAUUUUCAAGUAAAAUAGUGUUCCUGUUAUCUUUGUAAUGUCAUCACCUUUUUUAUAUACCUCCCUGGCUCUCUCCUUUCUAUAUACCUGUCAUUUUCACA